AUGGACAUCCAAACGCCCUAUGAGGCUCACGUUAGACCGCUUCUGGAAUACGCCAACCAAGUUGUCUACUCAGGAUGCACGGAUGACGACACCCUCAUUGAGAGUGUCCAGCGAGCUGCCGCGAGAACCGUUGCCAGCCACAAAUCCGUGGACUACGUAACGCGUCUCGCGAUGCUUGAUCUCUUUUCCCUGGAGUACAUUUGCCUCGGGGGUGACAACAAUUCUGGAUUUGCAGAGGCGAAAAUAGGAUUCUCACAUACAAGUUUGCCCGGUGCACAGGUAGCAGAAUUUGAGGAGGAUAACUGUUCCAAUGCUAAUCCACCAUCUGAACCAUGCAUACUAGAAAAAGAUGAUGGACGUUAUCAAUGUGUCGUGUGCGCCAUGGAACUCAUUCCACGUUUCUAUGCAGACUACCUAAAUUGUCGUUUCGUUCCUCCAAUGAUAAUUACUUUGAAUAUGAUUAUGGCUGUCUUUCAUCGUGUGCUUAUCCACAUACCUUCCGAUAUUCCUACCGUUCGAUAUGCGGUUUUGCUUGGGGGAAUGCCAUUUGCUGAAGAACCCUUUGCUCGGGUGAUGUUGGACGACACAGGAAAAGCGGACGGCUUGAGUAGUGCUACUCCGAGCAGCAAAAGCAGCCUCGAACCGGUGAAACCACACUGUGGGAUUGCGCCGGUUGAUGCUGGACGACACAGGAAAAGCAGACGGCUUGAGUAG